CAGCGGCGGUACAAUGACGCUCGGCGAUUGGGUGAGCGAGGAGCUAAAGUGUAUUGUACAUUAAAAAGACAAGACGCUGAUAACAAAAACAACAGCUGCGGCCGCAUGAGGCCAGCUAAGGACACACUCGCACUUUUCGGGCACCCGCUAAAAUGAUUUCGGAUGUGACGAUGGCUGCACACUUUAAUAUUUCUGACAGUGACUCAGACUCAUCAGAGGAGGAAGGAGAACAUAUCCAACCGUCCCCUGUGCAGGGGCCGCAGCUCCCUCAACGACACUCCCUCACCCUUCCUGAGCUCAGAUUGACAGGGACCGGGCGAACCAGGCUCAACUCAGAGUCCCACGCCUACACUGUCUCCAGAGACGAGGAGCUCCAGGCUCGGGGGGAAGACGAAGCCGGCACGCCCACGGAGGGUGCUCCAUUCAGGGGACGGUCCAAGUCAGCUCCCCCUGCUCUGUGGGCAGCCAAGAAAUACGGCCGGCAGCUCCGGAGGAUGAGCGACGAGUUCGACAGCAUGCUGGACAAAGGGGAAAUGAAAAAGGUGAGAAGUCCCGGGCCAGCCAAACAGAUGCCACACUCGAAAACCUGGUGGAGCUACCUCUUCAGUCACCAGGAGAUGGAGGGAGAGAACAACCACCAUGAGAACCACACUCACCGCAACGAAUAAGCACCGGGAGAGGAAAUUAAGAGGGACUUGAGGUUCAAGGAAUGAGAAGAAAGCAAUGGGGAAGCCAGGAGAACAAUCGUGAUGAGAACAAAAAGACCUGCUCUGAUGGCAGAAAGGUUGGUUUGAACAAAAAGAUCCAAAAACACAAAGGCGUGGCCAAGUGUCCCAUCCUAGUCAUGUCAUUUUUAUACGUCAUUGGUAACUACAUUUAGGUAAAAAAAAUUGCAUUUGUGUUGGUUUUGAUGUUAACUAUAUAGCUGGGCAGCGCACUGUGAAAUGGUAAGAGUCAGUCAGGCAUGAGGAUGGACUGGUGGCUAUCUAAACCCCAUAGAAUGGAUAAAAAGACGGGCCAAGAGAGGAGAGGAGAGAAGAGCUCUUGAAAACAUAAAGAAAGACCAGCAUUAAGUGGAUUUGAGCGUCGACUACUCAGUUUAAAAGGUGCUAACCACUUCAGUUGUCUCUCCCAUCAACACUAUGCAAUAUACUGUGGAUGGAGAGGUAUAAAUGCACUGGAAUCAAAACACCCAAGGCCACCUUGAAUGCUGUUAGAAUUUCCUUCCUCAUCUUCUUGAGGAAAUGUGUUACUUAUGCUUGUUUUGCUUCGAAUGUUAGUUCGUGGAGACCACUGUAAUUGUGUGCCAAAAUGACCUGCAGGUAACAGAGGAUGGAGGAUAGAAUGGGAAGGAUUUUUUAGAGUAUUCAGCUCAGGCCUUUAUCUAACUUCCUUUACUACUACCUGCAAGCUAGUACAAUUUAAACAACUGUACGUACUUGACUAUCAUUAACUGCUUUAUAUCUCAAAUUUAUCAAAAGAAGAACAAUCUUGUACAAGGACAAUCUCUAACAGAAAAUACUAUCUUUUGUAAGACUUCAGGUUUAGAUUAUAUCUGAAGAAAAUGACAUUACUAUAACAUAAAAAAAAGCACAAACUAAUGUGAAUUUAUCUUUUCAAAGCCUUUGAUGAGCAAAAAAAAUAAGACCUUGUAACUUUAAUGUGUAAAUAUUUUGUUAAUAUUUUAUCAAAUUGCAGGGGUGCUGGAGGGGUUGCUUUAGCCAGAUUUGUAUUUAUCGAGUUACUAUUUUACAAGGUUACCAUGCUAUUUAAUAAGGUUGGCCAACCUAGCAAUAGGCAGUGUACAAUCCAUGGCUGUUGUGAUAUGUAAUUGCAAAUUUAAAUAUUUGGGCGGGGAUAUAUUAACUGCUAUACAAGAAGCCUACACACAAGCCUCAUUUGAAUCAGCACCGAGUGCAUAAAGGAGGUGGAUUUAGAGUAAAAUCACAUUUCAAACACUGGUGGAAGGGAUUUAAACUUGUCUUUAUAAAACUAUCUGUUCAGGAAAAUCAGUUUCCAGCGCUUUUUAAGGUUAUAAAACAAUGAGUUACAUGCAGGUUGGUCACUCUUUAUCUGCAUUAGGAUCUGAAUAAAAUGGAUCUUAAUGUAUGAAGCCUUAAGUCUAAGUGCUGAUCUAGAUUUGCUUUUUAGGCGUUAUAUUCUGGCUUAUAUAUUAACUAAGAUCGGGACUUCUACAUGGAUUGGCUAUUUGUGAAUUGUUUAUCAAUGUGAUUAUUGAAAAUGGUAAUAGGUUUGUUCUUCUUGGGUCUAACUCUCUUCCUCUUGACUGGUAGGGUUGAGUUGUGAAGUGUUGCAGGCUUAGGGGGCUGCAUUUGUAUCGUCUUUCAAACUAAAAAACCUUUAUAGCUUUUCCUAAACUUGGUUAAAACGGGAAACCUUUUUUUAAUCAGAGAUUUUUAGACAAUCUGAAACAGGGGCCAUUGUUUUUUGAGAUUCAAUCAAGUUUACUAUAUGUUUUGGUAAAGCUCCCAACUCAAUGAAUACAGUUAGACUAGGCUGUUACAUUUUAGCUCCAUUAGAGUGACUCCAUUAUUUGAUAUCCCAUUUCUUAAACAGAUCAAUAGGGAAAUAAGGAAAGGGUGUUUAAAUAAAGUGUUUCCACUCCUAGUAGACCUGUACUUUGACACGAGAACAACAGUACAUCGGCUGAUAAAGAGUUUGUACACGGUGUUCAGAGCUUAGGGUCAGAUAUGAAUUUAAAAGAAAAUCAUAUUGUCAACAUGAAUGCCUUGAACAUGCUGUAACUGUGGUGUACCUGUGCAUUAUCAGCCAUGUCUGUUUACCCGAUUACCGCCUUAACUUUUACCGUCACUGUCACCUUUUACGCUCAAGAAAAAGUCACAACUGUGAGAAAAAUAUAAAAUGUCGAUUGAUGGAAUUCACAUUGUGGUUUUGACUGUUAAACAUUAGUAGCAGUGAACACACCCCAGAGGAGAGACCUGCCUGGGAACCUGGAGUUUUGCAACCAUCCUUGGUAUUACUUGAAUCUGGAGAUGUAUGUGGGGAGAAAAUAGAAUUUCAAUAUUCCCUCUUUUUUUGAAAAUUCCUUUUCCUUUUUUUUUUAAAAUAACUUUUGUAAAUUUUCUCUACAGCUGUGAAACUUCUUGUAUAUGCGGUCUUGAAUAAAGAAUUUUAGAGUCGUU